CGCCAUCUUGAGGGAGACCCGAUCGCAGCGUUCGGCUGGCGGCGGCGCCCGACGGCAGUCUCCGGGCACACCAUGAGGGGAUUACUCGCCUGCGUUUAAAACGGAACAGUUACGUUUUUCCUUUUAGUUUUUCUUUUCUUUUUUUAAAAAAAUUCUCUGUCCAGAGGAAGCGAGGCACCGCACGGUGGCAGCUCUGCGCCACACACAGGCCGCGAUUUCAUCAGAAAGUCGCGCGGCUGCGCUGUAGCCCGAUGGCCGGUUAGCCGCUCUCUGGACUCCACCGCGGCCUGCUCGGGCGGAGGAAGGGUGGUGACGGAGCAAAAUGCUCCACCGUUGACUCCCAUCAACGCAGCCAGCCCACAGACGCACCGAGAGUCGGUCCACGAUGCACUUAGCGAGCUUUCCACGCUCGUAACGUCUCCGUUUUACACAUUUAGAUAGUUUUUUCCUUGUUUCCGUUGUUUUUAUUUUUUAUUUUGAAAUUGUUUUUGAGAGCGCCGUCUGAACGCAGACAUGUCAGCCAACUGCACCAGCGCAGCGGCCGCCAGCGCCAGCAAAACCAAGACGAAAAAGAAGCAUUUUAUAGGGCAGAAAGUGAAGUUAUUCCGCGCGAGCGAGCCCAUCCUCAGCGUUUUGAUGUGGGGAGUCAACCACACGGUCAACGAGUUAAGUAAUGUGCCUGUACCGGUUAUGUUGAUGCCAGACGACUUUAAAGCUUACAGUAAGAUCAAAGUGGACAACCACCUAUUUAACAAAGAGAACCUGCCGAGUCGCUUCAAGUUCAAAGAGUACUGUCCCAUGGUGUUCAGGAACCUGAGGGAACGCUUCGGCAUCGACGACCAGGACUACCAGAACUCUCUCACCAGGAGCGCCCCGCUCAACAGCGACUCCCAGGGUCGCUUCGGCAACCGCUUCCUGUGCAGCUACGACCAUCGCUUCGUAAUCAAAACCAUUUCUAGCGAAGACAUCGCAGAGAUGCACAGCAUCCUGAAGAAGUAUCACCAGUUCAUCGUGGAGUGUCAUGGCAACACGCUGCUGCCUCAGUUCCUGGGCAUGUACAGGCUAACGGUGGACGGCGUGGAGACGUACAUGGUGGUGACCCGGAAUGUAUUCAGCCAUCGGCUCACUGUGCACCGCAAGUACGACCUGAAGGGAUCGACCGUCUCCAGGGAGGCCAGCGACAAGGAAAAGGCGAAAGAACUUCCCACUUUUAAAGACAAUGACUUCCUGAAUGAAGGCCAGAAGCUGCAGAUUGGAGACGACAACAAGAAGUACUUUUUGGAGAAGUUAAAACGAGAUGUGGAGUUCUUGGCCACGCUGAAGAUCAUGGACUACAGCCUGCUGGUGGGGAUCCACGACGUGGAGCGCGCCGAGCAGGAGGAGAUGGACGUGGAAGGGACGGGGGAGGAGGAGGAGUACGAGAACGACGGCAUGGGCGGAGGCGCGCUGACGGGCUCCUUCGGCACGCCCCCCGACAGUCCGGGAAACCCCCUCAACUGCGGCGGGUUCUUCGGCCCCGGGGAGUUUGACCCCUCCGUGGACGUUUACGCAAUCAAGAGCCGCGACGGUGCUGUGAAGAAGGAGGUUUACUUCAUGGCGAUCAUUGACAUCCUCACACACUACGACGCUAAGAAAAAAGCUGCACAUGCUGCCAAAACUGUGAAACACGGGGCGGGGGCCGAGAUCUCCACGGUGAAUCCAGAGCAGUACUCCAAACGGUUCUACGAGUUCAUGUCCAACAUCUUGUCUUAAACUCAUCUUCCAGUCGUAGGUCUGCCUAACCCCCCAACCGUCAGUGUAGGUCCAACCCCCCCACGCCCAGCUCCGACCCGGCGGGACGGGUCCGUCACACCUGUUACACUCCUCCUUCUCCUCGUUUCUCUUCGCACCGGCACGAAAACUGUCCCACUAAUGCCUUGAAGGAGCUUCAGCACUUACCGGUCGGUGGGCGGAGAGUUUCGCCGCAGACGGUCGGGUUGCAUGACUAAACUCCUCGACAGAUUCCCUUCAGAAAGGAAAAAAAAAACAAAACCCACACCUACUUCUGACGAAUUGGAGCAAACAGCGUAGAAACGACAGCAGUCUGAAAAUGCAUGGCUGAUGUGAACGCCAACAUCCGAACCGCACAACCCGGAGCGCCGCCACCAGAAACACACAAAAAGACAAAAAAAUCGGUGUUUGAAUGUUACGUUGCCAUAUUUGUUUCUGAAUAUGUUUCAAAUUUUAACCGUGAGCUUGGUGAAGGUCAAACUCUGGAAAAAACCACCAACCAUCCACGUGAAAAAAGGGGAAUUCUGCAGCGAGUUCUUGUUUUAUUACCAUAAGGAUCAUUUUUAUAUCUUGUUUACAUUAAUGUAGCAAUUUUGUGUUUGUAUACAGUAUUGUUUUGUUACCGACAGACAUUAGAAAAAAAGGUUACUUGAAAACGACUCAUUGCAUAUUAAAGGGAGUUUUAUCUUGCUUCUGUCA